UCAUCGUUGUCCGUCACGUCGAGCAGGUCUUACCUUCGAACCACUUGAGCUUUGUUCCGCGAAUCGAAGGGACGCGUCUUCGUUCCGUUCCGAUUCGUCUCGUCUCGUCCCGAUCGCUCGGGCAAACCGCCCUUCCGCUUGCUUUGGGCUGAACAGAUACUCUUUGUAUCUUCUGUCUACCACAGAAAGGAUGAUCGUCCGGUCGAGCUUCCUUCUGAUAACGACCAUCGCGUUCACGUUUGCCGCUGAUGCAUCGUCGAACAGUAUUUUUUCCGCAAAACAAGACCCCAUGGGCUUUAAAGGAAUGGCCGAGAAGAAGAGCUUCGCGUCUGCGGAAGGCGACGAAAUGUCUAAACGGGCUUCUAUGGGAUUCCAGGGUAUGCGGGGAAAAAAGGAUUCGAUAACGUCCGAAAUCGAACACGAAAUCCAACACGAAAUCGAACACGAAUUCGACGCGAAGGACACCGAUAAACCUGCGCCCAUGGUUUUCCAAAAUACCAGGGGUCAAAAGGACACUUUCAAUUUCAACUUCGAGGAUUCUUACGUCCCAGCCGACGCGUACGAGAAGAAGGCGUACUAUAAACAGGAUGAACACUACAAACGCGCCCCGAUGGGAUUCCAAGGGAUGAGAGGCAAAAAGAGUCUCGAACAGAUCUUGAACGAGAUUGAGAAAAGGACAGCGAUGGAGUCCGAUUACUCGGAAGAUUACGAGACGAGAAUGCUACCGAUGCUAAUGACGGGCUCGAUGGUACAGCCAAUGACGAUGACGAUGGCGACGGACAGAUACCAGGGGAGUGUGCGCGACAAAAAGGAUACGAUUCUAGAAGAAUGGGAGAAGAGAGCACCGAUGGGAUUUCAGGGGACGAGGGGCAAGAAAGCGGUUAUCGAGGCGAUAGAGCAACUCGGCAAGAAGGCCCUGAUGGGUUUUCACGGAAUGCGCGGUAAAAAGGACACGUUCGUCAGUUAUCUCGAUUAUCCGAUCGUUCCCUCCGAAUACGCAAAGAGAAGUACGGAUUUUAACGAAAAUUACCUCGUCGACCCCCUGAAGAGAGCUCGAAUGGGUUUCCACGGGAUGAGAGGUAAAAGGGACGCGACGCAGGUUUUCGAUGUCAGCUCGAGCUACAGAGGUACAAACAACGAUCGAUUUACGACAAACCAAGUGGCAGCAUACGAAAUUAAGAAACGAUCGCCGUACAGAUACGUUGGUGUUCGAGGCAAAAAGAACCCUCGGUGGGAAUUUCGAGGAAAGUUCGUGGGCGUUAGAGGUAAAAAAUCAUCCUCGUUACAGGACCAACCUGUCUUUUAACGUGUCCGAAGAUGCGAAAAGAAAGAAUGCUUCUAUGUCAUUAGGUAAAGUCCAAUUAUUUAGACAGUCGCGUACACCGUACUACGAUACAUUCUUGCCCACUCUGCGUAUUCGUGAAACCACGUUCCGCUUUUCCUUUCCGUUUCAGAUAUUGAACGCUGAUACUGGUGCGUUUAUUGGUACCGGCAAACGCAACAGCAACAUUAACAGCGUAAUAUUAGCGUGUUUCCGUUUCAGCUUGUAUUCGAAAGCGAUCCACUUGACGACUAAACGCGUACGUACAUCGAUCUAGCCGCGGUUCGAUCAGUGAUCAUCGUCAUUGGCCUUGCACGGUCAAAGUGCUUCUUACGAAACGACGUGCUGCGGGCACGCUUUACAACUUAUUCUCGCAGUAUUCGUUGCGCUUCCUACGAACAAUCAAAGAUACCAUCUCGGCGUAUUGUUCGACGAACGCAACGGUUACUUUCGAUACCGACUAGAAGAGCAGUUUAUGUACGUUGCUGUACGCUUGAAACUUACAGCGGUCGCGAAUACGCCAACGCUCUGUCUUCGAACGUGUUUUCUCCAAAGAAUUACGAGCAAUCGAAACUAAACCAAUAGAUGGAGUGACAUUUUAUGCUAUUUUCUCGAUUACGUACAACGAAAAUACCAUCGCUGUUUUCGUUACACAGAAAGAUAAAAAAUAACUAUAAAUAACUAUAAAUACUUGCAGCGGAUAUAGAAACGGAUAUAGAAUAGGUAAUGGAAAACCGUAUCACUGACCGUACAUUUUAGUUGUGUGCUCGCAAACGCCGUGAAACUAAAUUUUUACCGACUACUAAGAAAGUGGAUCGUAUGCGAAUAUAUAUCAUGAGAGGAAACAAUUACCGUGUACAUCAUAUACUAUUCGAUAGAUACAAUGUAUGUUUGUCUGUUUGUCUGUUUGUCUGUCUGUCUGUCUGUCUGUCUGUCUGUCUGUUUGCUGCCAGUCUGUUCGUCGCGUUUGUCUGUGUAUCUACAGUGUGAACUAGUCAAAUACAUAUCAAUAAAAGCAAAACUAUAUAGUU